CAGCAGUGCCACGACAGCAGCAGUACCAUCGUCAACAGUGCCCCGCCACCAUGGCGGUUUCAACUUUGGGCAUGCCAGGCCAAUUGGCCAACGAGUCCAUUGACGAGUACCGACAGCGGUUUGUAGAUCAGUUCGCACUGAUCGAGGCUGAGGCUGGCCGCGGUGUUGGAGACUUACCUGCUAGCCGACGCAUGCUAGUGGAGCACUCCUUCGAUUUGGCUCAUCUCAACUGUAGAAGUGGCAUGAAGAAGAUCGAUCUCGGAGUUGAAGACAUACCUGUUUUUACGGUCACCUUUAUUCAGAUUGAUUCAAAGCUUGACUAUCUUCAAGCUGGUCCUACGAGGAUCAUUUUCUGUUAUCCUUUGAUAACAGUACCAGCUCCGUUGAAGGACGCCGGAGUAGAGGUUGUUGACCUUCACGACUAUGUUGCGAAGAUCGAUCGCGAGUUCAAGACACAACGUGGGGAUGACGUAGGCGAAGGAGAAAAGCGGGGGCGGGAGAAGGAGAAGAGAACUGUGCGAGCAGAGUCGGUGAAGGGGAGGACGCUGUUGGGACGAAAGAAGCAGGCGGGAAAGGGGGACAAGAGCAGCGGAAGCGGGAAAAAGAGAGGAAAAUUGUACGGGCGAAGUGGGGAUGACGUAGGCGAAGGAGAAAAGCGGGGGCGGGAGAAGGAGAAGGAGAACUGUGUGAGCAAAGUCGGUGAAGGGGAGGACGCUGUUGGGACGAAAGAAGCAGGCGGGAAAUUCAAAAGUUUAAAGACUUUCGAAGUUUUGGUAACUUCGGGGGACGAGAGCAGCGGAAGCGGGAAAAAGAGAGGAAAAUUGUACGGGCGGAGGUGGAUCCGAUCCUAAGGUUAGCAAAAAGAAGGAUCUGAUUGGGGGGCAAGAAGCAGGGCGAGCAGAAAGGGGGGAUGCCGGGAAAGUAAAAGUCUCCCGAAAAC